AUGGAUCCAGUAUUUUCGUUUUAUUUAAAUCGGGAAGAUGACUCUUCAUAUGGUGGUGAAAUGGUACUUGGCGGUGUCAAUCCAGAGUAUUUUGACGGUGAUCUCGAAUUUAUGCCCACUGUUCACAAUAGUAAGUGGAUAAUUAGAAUGUCAAGUAUGACAAUAAAGGACAAGGAAUUUUGCAAAAAUUGUACUGCUGCUAUUGAUACAGGAACGUCAAGCAUUGUUGGUGGAAAAGAGCACGUGGAGAAAAUUAACUCAAUGCUUGGUACUUAUUAUCAUUUUGCAGGAAAUUAUCUGGUUGAUUGUAGUCGCAUUGAUCUACUUCCUUCCAUUAAGUUCAUCUUUCAUAAGAUGGAGUAUGUAUUGGAGCCACGUCACUAUGUUGACAAAAUUGACUUCUGGUUCGGAACAUUGUGUUCAUUACCAUUUGAAUAUCACGAUUCCAUAGAACCCAAUUAUUGGAUUCUUGGUGACGUUUUCAUGCAAAGAUUCUAUACUGUAUUUGAUUUUGGUCUGAAGCGUAUUGGAUUAGCUUAUGCUUCAAAUCAUAA